AUCCACACACCGUCACUCAACUCACUUCUCAUAGAGGCCCGCCCGCAAGAGGGCGCAUCGCACACGGCGCAGCGCCCAGGCCCCGGCAGUCAAAGACAAAACCCUCCGUUUCUCGCUAUGGCGUGAGCAGCCUCCGCCUCAUCUUUACAGCGUAGAUAUUGCACCCGGGUCACCACCAGCGGCCAUGUCCUUACGAACACUCUCCUCCGGCGGCCGGCACCUCGCCUCGUCUCGCGGCCUUCUCUUCCUCUCCGCCUCUCGUGGAGCCCUCAUCUCCUCCGCGCUCCCUCCGCCGUCGCCGCCAGCGCCAGCCGCAGGAGCCAACUUGUUUUUUCCCACCCGCCGGUCCUUCUUCAGCUUCCCCGGCGCGGGCACCGGCACCGGCACCACGCAACACCUUACCGCGACCCGCACCCUGCCCUACCCGUCCGGCCCGCUCUACGAGCUCAUCGCCGACGUCGACUCGUACGACCGCUUCGUCCCCUACUGCUCCCUCUCGCGCGUCACGCAGUGGUCCUCCGCCCCCGCCCCGGACAACGACGGCAGUAGCAGCAACGGCAACAGCAACGGCCGCGGCCGCCGCUGGCCCGUCCUCGCCGACCUUCACGUCGGCUGGGGUGGCUUCAACGAGGUCUUCACCAGCCGCCUGCGCUGCGUCCCCGGCGUCUCCGUCGAGGCCGUCAGCGGCGACCCCGCCGACGCUUCGGCCGCCGCCGCCUCUACCGUCUUCAAGAGCCUCGUCACCCGCUGGUCCCUACGCCAGCUCUCCUCCUCCUCUUCUCCUUCGACCGAAGUCCACCUCUCCAUUCGGUAUCAAUUCGUCAAUCCGCUUUACGCCGCCGUCAGCGCCGCCGUCUCGGACAAGGUCGCCGGCCUCAUGAUCGAGGCCUUUGAGAAGAGAGCGCAUGAGAGGCUGGCGUCUCCUCCGCACUACCCAUGAUAUUUCCCACGGGGUAUAUAACAUGUUUUCCUGCACACAAAAGAGCCGCAUGUGAUACAUAGCUGUACGAUAUAAUUAGAAGCACCGCAUAUAGAAGGCGUUGGACAAGUUGGGGGCAAUAGAAUAGAGAGAUGCCUUCUGAAAAGGCGGGCAUGUUUCCCUGCACUAGGCAGCUUUGCAGUGGCGGCAAUAGAAUACGUAGAGAAAUACCAUCUGAAAAGACGGAGAUGUUUCCCUUGCACAAGGCAGCUGCCUAUCCGCAUGAGCAGUGGCACAGCUGUUCGGG